AUGUCUCUGAUAGAACAAAAGUCUGCGAACUCAGACUCCGCUACCAAGGAGUUUCAAGAGGCCAAUGUCUCCGAUAACGAGUCCAAUGUCGCCGUUGUCAACAUUGACAAGAACAAGAAAGAGAUUGGUGUUGUCUCAGCCAUUUUCUUGAUUACCAACAGAAUUAUCGGUGCCGGUGUGUUUUCUACUGCCAGUACCAUUUUGAACCUUUCUGGCUCAGUAGGAACCUCCAUGAUUAUGUGGGUGAUUGGUUCCAUCAUUGCAUUCAGUGGACUUCUUACCUAUAUGGAAUUGGGUUCUGCCAUUCCAAGAAACGGUGGAGAGAAGAACUACUUGGAGUACAUUUACACCAAGCCUAAGUUCUUUGUUACUGCCAUGUACGCAUCUUACAUUUUCUUUUUGGGUUGGGCUGCCGGUAACUCCAUUGUCACUGGUGAGUUCUUGUUGAAUGCUGCAGGCAAGGAGAUCACCCAAUGGAACUCCAGAGGUAUUGGUAUCGCUGUCAUUACCUUUGCUUUCUUGCUUAACGGUCUCCACGUCAAGUCUGGUUUAUACUUGGCCAAUGCUUUGGGUAUUUUCAAGGUUGUUAUUGUGCUCUUCAUCUCCGUUACCGGAUGGGUUGCUCUUGGCGGAGGUAUCAAAACCAAUAACUUCCAAAAGACCCACAACUUUGACGAUGCUUUCAAGGGUACCUCGCCUUCUGGUUACGGUAUUGUCAACGCCUUGUACAAUGUGAUUUGGUCGUAUGUCGGAUACUCCAACGCCAACUACGCUUUGGGUGAAAUUAAGAACCCAGUCAGAGUGUUGAAGAUUGCAGCUCCAAGUGCCUUGUUCAUCAUCACCAUUCUUUACAUCUUGGUCAAUGUCGCCUACUACGCUGUUGUUCCUGCCGAAGAGGUCCGUACAUCGGGCAGAAUUGUCGUUGCUUCCUUCUUCAAGUAUGCCUUCGGUGACCUGGCUGAGAAGGCUGCCUCCGUCUUCGUUGCCUUGUCCACCUUGGGUAACGUUUUGUCUGUGAUUUUCUCCCAGGGUAGAAUCAUUCAGCUGUUGGGUCGUGAGGGCUCCUUGCCAUUCUCCAAGUUCUUUGCUACCCAGAGACCUUUCAACUCUCCAUUUGUUGGUUUGUUCCAGCACUGGGUUGUCUGUGUGAUCACCAUUCUCGCUCCUCCACCAGGAGAUGCUUACAACUUCAUCAUGAACUUGAUCUCAUACCCAUUGAAUGUGGUGAACACCUUUGUUGGUGUUGGUUUGUUGUACCUCAAGUGGAGAUCCUACAAGGGAUACCUGCCAUGGACCCCACCAAUCAAGAUCUGGUGGCCUGUGGUUGCUUUCUUCACCCUCUCCUCAUUCUACUUGAUUGUCGCUCCUUACAUUCCUCCUACUGAUGGUCAGUCUGUUUACAAGGACUUGCCAUACUGGAUCCACUGUGUGGUCACUUGGGGAGUGUUUGGUGUUGGAGGAGUUUACUGGGUUUUGUGGUCCAUUUUGUUGCCAAGAUAUGGUAAGUACACCUUGGUUGCCAGAGAAAUCUUGGGAAGUGAUGGUUUCUGGAGAAACAAGUUCAUCAAGGUUCCACACGGUGAAGACAUUGACGAGUACACUGAGGGAGUCAUUAAUGAGGAAGCUCUCAAGGAGGAAAUUGUUGUUGGAUAA